UUGACCGGGAAGAUGCCCACUGCUCUCAAGACCCUCUCGACAAAACAAAAGAGGGCUUCUUUCCCAAGUGGUGCUUUUUAACUUUUUUUUUUUUUAUAGAUUGCUGGCUCUGGCAUUGCAGUUGAAGUUGAAGUGCUGCAUGGCUAUGUUUUCAAACCAAAUGACUUCAACUCCCUUCUCGGUGAAAGACAUACUGAACUUGGAACAGAACGAGGAUAUGGUGUCCCUGGAUAUGUCGCCCAGGCUGGACACAGCCCUCCCGACCUCAUCCUGCAUGCUGGCUAAAUUCAAACAGGAGCCUUUCCUCGAGAUGCCAGCCGGAGUUUCUCUCUUCAGCGAAGACGACAAUGACGCCAAAGCCCACAAGAACACCUCGCUGAACUUCGCCGCUGCCUUUUAUGGGAAGAAUUUCUUAGAAAUGGAUAUUGUCAAAGAGGGGAAGACGGACGAGGGGUUUGAAGAAAAAGAGCGAAAAGAUUUAUACCCUUCACAAGAUGAACAAGGGGAAGAAGUUAAACCCGAAGACUCAGACCGACCCAAACAGAGAAAAAGGCGAAAACCACGGGUCCUGUUCUCACAAGCGCAAGUGUACGAGCUGGAACGGCGCUUCAAGCAGCAAAAAUACUUGUCUGCACCCGAGCGAGAUCACCUGGCCAACGUGCUGAAGCUCACCUCAACUCAGGUGAAGAUUUGGUUUCAGAACCGCCGCUAUAAAUGCAAAAGACAACGCCAGGACCAAACGCUGGAGAUGGUGGGAAUUCCUCCACCGAGGCGCAUCUCUGUACCAGUCCUGGUCAGGGAUGGGAAGCCAUGUCUGGGGGACGCAUCAACGUAUAGCACUUCAUAUAACGUGGGCAUUAACCAUUUCACCUACAACACUUAUCCGACUUUCAGUAACUACCCGAGCUCCGGGUGCAACACAAACUAUACAUGCAACUACCCCGCUGCAAGUGCCAUGCCUUCACUUCAGCCCUCAUCCACCAACAGCAACUACAUGAAUUUCGGAGUAGGGGAUCUCAACAACGUCCAGAACACAUUUCAGUCCAACAGUGGCGUAUCAUCUCUACAUGGUAUCCGGGCGUGGUGAGACGUACACGGGGUCGAGAUCACCUGAGAUGCGAGGCCAUUUUCGGCCACGAAAUGACAUUUUUACGCAUGCCCUUUUUGUGACAGCAGUCUAUUCUUCAUAUAUAUCCAUUUUGAGUCAGAAAAAAAGUCCAGUGUUAUCUCAAGUGUGUGUUGGAUGAUUUUUGUUUAUGAAAGAUAGUGAUAAUGUCCAUUUCCGCUUUCUGUAAUUGGUUGGAGAUGGCUUUGAGGGGGGGUCUUAUUAAAAUCACAAAUAUAGGAUUA